UGCCACUGCGACCCUGGGCAGGGAGGGCGACCCUGGGCCGGGAGGGCGGGUCCGAGCCCAGAAGAGAAAGAGUGGCAGAGGCUGGCGGGUCAUGCCCUGGUCGCCACGCGUCGCUCUCUUCUGGGACCUGGUCCUGGGCGUAUUGGGCACCCUCGCCUUCCUGAUCGACCUGGGCGCCGACCUGUGGGCCGCGAGCCAGUAUGUGCUCAGCGGUCGCUACCUUUGGGCCGCGCUAGUGCUGGCGCUGUUGGGUCUCGCCUCAGUCGCGCUGCAGCUCUUCAGCUGGAUCUGGCUGCGCGCCGACCUCUCCAGCCCGCACGCGCCGAAGCCCCCAGGCCACUGCCUGGCGCUGUUGCAUGUCUUGCAGCUGGGCUACCUAUACAGGUGCGUGCAGGGGCUGCAGCAGGGGAUGCUGGUGUGGCGGCAGGAGGUGCCCUCCCAGUUCGACUUGGCCUAUGCCGACUUCCUCUCCCUGGACAUCAGCAUGCUGCGGCUCUUUGAGACCUUCCUGGAGAUGACACCGCAGCUCACCCUGAUGCUGGCCAUCAUGCUGCAGAGCGGCAGCACCGAGUACUACCAGUGGGUCAGCAUCUGCACGUCCUUUGUGGGUAUCUCGUGGGCACUGCUUGACUACCACCGGGCCCUGCGCACCUGCCUCCCCUCCAAGCCCCUCCUGGGGCUGGGUGCCUCCGUGAUCUACUUCCUGUGGAACCUGCUGCUGCUGUGGCCCCGAGUCCUGGUCGUGGCCCUGUUCUCAGCCCUCUUCCCCCGCUAUGUGGCCCUGCACUUCUUGGGCCUGUGGCUGGUGCUGCUGUUCUGGGUCUGGCUUCAGGGCACGGACUUUAUGCCAGAUCCCUGCUCCGAGUGGCUGUACCGGGUGACGGUGGCCACCAUCCUUUAUUUCUCCUGGUUCAACGUGGCUGAGGGCCGAACCCGAGGCCGUGCUACCAUCCACCUGGCGUUCCUCCUGAAUGACAGUCUUCUGCUGGUGGUGGCCUGGGCGACUCAGAGCGCCUGGCUGCCCAGCGGGCAUCUGCUGCAGAGGCUGCUGCUGCCUGCAGCCGGCGCCUGCUUCCUCCUGGGGCUGGCUCUGCGGCUGGUCUACUACCGCUGGCUGCACCCCAGCCGCUGCUGGGAGCCUGACCAGGUGGACGGGACCUGGGCUCUGCGCUCCCUCGAGGGGCGUCAGCUGCUUCAGAACAAGCGCAUGGCCCAUUUGGCUAAGAACUUUUUCCCCAAGGGUAGGGAUGAGGCUGCUUUGCCAUGGAAGGGAGAGGUGAAUGGUGUCCUUUGAGGCAGGGUCAGACCCAGCCAGGGGACUGAAGGCCAGAUGGAAUCAAUCGGUAGAAUGUAGAAGAUAAGCUGCUUAUGCUGCUAUGGGCCUUGAUUCACUCAACGAGCACUUGAUGCCUGAUCUGUGCCAGGUGCUGGAGACCAGAGUUGAGUAAGACAGAGGCCUGCCCUCAAGGAUGAGAACAAGAUGGGAAGGGCUGGGCCCUGGAGGGUCAAGGGCCCCAAUUAUGUAGGAAACACUUUGGGAGGAAAGAAGGGACCCCCUCUUCCCUUCCCCCCAAACAAGUAUAACCCCAAAGCAUCCCAGUGUUGGUAUUUUUACCUCCCUGGCUACCUCUAAAAUAAUUGGUGGGGCUGCUGUCCCACCCUUGGUUCCCCUAUCCUGGGUUGGAAGGCCCCAGGACCUCCAGGAUGUGUUCUCUGGAAUUCUUCCUCCCCUGCCCCACCCCAGUCAUUCAAUUCAUUCAGCAAAUGUUUACCGAGGGCCUUUUAUGUGCCAGAAGCAUCAUUCUAGCCUUGGCAGAUCAGUUGCCAUUCCAGCUUCAUCCCUUACCCUCUCCAGCUACUCCAGAACAGGCUCUCAGGCUGGAAGGCAGGGAUGCCUGACUCCCUGUCAGCCCCUCCAAGGCUUUAGUGCAGCUGGCCCGGCCUCGGCCCGUGCUCUCAAGGGGUGACCUUUCAACCAAGUGCCUUGUGAACCUGUGGUCUGGGCCAUGGCUCAGGCUGUUGAGUGUGUUUUUGUUUUUGUGCUUCAGGCAGUGUACUUUCUACCUCAGUCUGUGUGGGUGGAAGAGGUGUGUGUAUCUGCGUCUCUGUAAGUGAGAGACACGUGUGUUGUCUUUGUUGAACAGUAUUAUUAGAUUAUUAUUAAAACCUCAUGAAAUCCCCUAGCCUAGUUGUGUCAUUAAAUCCACUGCCAAGUUCCAAGCUGCCUGGAAAAAAGAGGUCAGGGAUGCAAAGUCCUCCUCUCAAAGUCAGUAAAGGCCCUGGGACCAGAGAAGAGGGCUGGCUUAGGCAAGACUUCUUAACCUUGUUUUCUAAGCAUCAGGAGCUGGUGAGCCAGUGUGGUGUUAACCGCUCAGGUGGGCAUCAGAACCCAGAUCUGGGCUGACUCUAGUGUGUGCUCUUAGCCGGCUCUGCAGCUGGGCCUGGCGGCAGUAGGUACACCUUUGGUAUCAGGAAGUGAA